AUGGGGGGCCAGCGUCGCAGCCCACCCGAGGACCGCCGUCAUGCUUUUGUUGCCGCUGUGAGAAGACCUUCAGAAGGGACGCCAAUUUCUGAAGGGCGAGUGCGUACCCAUUCACGUACGAAACACGCACGCGACCCUGUGUCAGGUAUACAUCACCCCAGCCAAUCGCGGCGCCGGGAAGUAGAUGACGAAGAAGAGGCCUUUCGUGUCAAACCACCAGAUUAUUUGAACCACCCACGCUUUAUGCGUGCAGUGAAUCAUUUUGAUGCGUGCUCGAGGCCUCGAGUAUCUCGGCCCAAUAGCACGACACCAUCACCGCAGCAAAAGGCCGUGGCGCCUCCCAUUCGUGAUGUGGAUGAGGAAUCAUUGGCGCCUUCUCUUAUAUCCUGUGAAGAAGUGGAACACGACGUCGAGCUGACCGAUGUACAACAGAGCGUGUAUGCCUAUUUUGCUAGUCGGCACUUGAGUGAUCAUGCAUGUACACGACCUGUGCAGCCAUUCUUUGUGGGUGCAGAUGCGGAUGCCAAUGGGACCUCUGCAGCAUAUGCAUUGUAUGGGGGACCUGAUUCAUUCCAUAACAGCGCACAAUUCAUUGGUGAAGCGGACAGUAUGCCAGCGCACAUGACGCGUCGAACGCCGUUAGGUUCGGCGGCAUUAUGCCGGCGUGCAGAACUUCGAGGCAUUAUCACAGCACUUGGAAUGCUAAUGCAGUCUCCUCACAGACCCACAUGUGCGCAUUUGUGCGUGAGCAGUGCCUAUGUUGCCAAGGCGUGGGGCGUAUGGAUCCCCCGUUGGGAAACACAUGGCUGGCCUGGUGAGGUGGUGGACAACCAUGCACAACGCAGCAAGAACCGUUGGACUCAGCGCAUGCAGCUUAUGAGCCUCGAUACAUCGUCGUCUGAUUCUUACUCGCGCAAGUCAGACUCCCCCGACAAUGGUUCCCCCACGUUCCGUCGAACUCACCGUCGAUUGGUGGAUGAAGAUCUUCUUCGUGAACUAGCGGCUCUACGGACGAGGCUGGCUGACAUGGAUGCUCGAGGGGGACCGAGUGUGUAUUUAUACCAAAUUGAGCGUAAGGACAACCCAGCCGAUGCCCUUGCCAUACAUUGUGUGGUGUCAGAGUCGCCGCACCUUGGAUCAGACGUGCUUCGUGGGUCACCACCACCAGUGCAAGGGUACCAGCCCUUGCGCGUUGUUUCCCCUCCCCGACGUGCGUCACAGGCUCAUGCAUGGAAGAACGCUUCACCGUUGCCCGAUGAUGUUUUUGUCAACUCGCCCUUGUCUCACAAGUUGUGGAAACGCGCACCAAAAACGCCCGCGUUGAACAGAACCACAUCGCCUAAUGCUCGUGCUGUGAGUCCACUGAUAGGAGCCAGUCCGUCUAGAAUGACGCAUGCAUCUCCCACCCUGUCAAAUACAGUCUCUCGCGCGUCUCCUGUGCCAUCUUUGGGGCGGAGUUCAGAUCCCUUCACCGCUCGAGCAAACUCACCAUCACAUUUGUUCCCGACAUCGCCAGCGUCACGCUCUAUUUCGUCGUCGCAGUCUUCCCGUAUACCACUUCAAGCUCCCAUGAACCGUGUGCGCCCCGACUCGCCGCCGCCGAUGGAGCGAGUCAGCUUGUCGCCUAGUGAUGUCGAGGUAUAUCACAAUCAUUUUGAACUAAGUGAUCAUCCUCAGGUGGAACCUAGGGGUAAAAAGUUGACGGCAGAUGCAUUGCGAGAGCACGACAGAAAGACAGGCUUCCAUAUACCGAUAUGGCGACGAGGCCGCAGAGCAGGCUCUAGUGUCAAGUCGGAAAGCGUGCAUUCUUUUAUACAGCGUAUCACGCCAAAAGCCUUGAAAAAGAACAAGUCGCAGCCAAGCUCACCAGAAAGUUUCUUUUCCACUCCUCGACCUGUUUUGCGGACAUCAGCUUCGCAACCUGCUCUGCGUAAAGCAGCGGAUGCAUCUCAGUUCGCUCGACAUGCUGACAAGAUGCCUUCUCCCACCCUCAAGUUCGAAGCAGAGCCUACUGCCACGCUCAAUUUGAGAAAACAAAUCGAAGAAGUGGCAGAGCGUGAAGAAAGACUUGCUCGACAGGAGGUCGAGUUGGAUCGCCAACGCCUUGUCUUGGAACAAAAGUCACCUGUGUUGCGAGCGCCAGCCAAGAGCGCGACGCUGUUCAACAACUCCAAGUCCGACGAUGAAGAGGACUUUGGCGACUAUGUUCAUAAAAUCGAGGAUCAUGAUUGGUUUUGGGAAAGCAACUUCCGUCGUGCACCGCGAGUACAGGAGAGGCCCGGCGAGCAGGAGCAGAGGCCAAAUGCGUCCCCAAGCAGCAUACCCCGUGAAGAGCAUGGUGAGUCUAGGGCUCCGAGAGCAAGGCAUGUGUCUCCUGUAUUACGAACACGUGCGUCAAAAUGGCAAAUGUUGGAAGAAGCUCGUGGACGCAACGUACUGCCGCAUGCUCCCAAGCAAGACGCCUUGGGUCUCUAUGUGGACGGAGAUGGAUUUGGUAGCGCUGCUACUUUAUCAAAGAGCUCACCAUAUUUUGACAACCUUAGGAAGAAACGCUUACAAUACCCGUUGUCGGACUCGGAGGACAGUUUGUCUUCCUGA